UAGGGCCCACUCGAGGUGGUACCGCCACCCAACCGUACACGAAGGAGGAGGAGGAGAAGAUGGGCGUCAUCCUGCAGGAGAGGAAGGAGAAGAAGGAGGCCAAGAAGAAGGCCUUGAAAGAGGAACAGGCGGCCAAACUAAAGAAGAUGGAAGAAGAGAUGGUCAGGGAGAAAGAGAGGUUGAAAAAGGAAGAAGAAGAGAAGUUGAAGGAGGUGGAUGAAGAAGAGGAAGUACCGCCACUGCAAAAGAGUGGGCAGCACAGCGGCAGCAGCAGUGAUGAGAUGAAGAAGAAGAUUACGGAGUGGGUCGCCAACUUAUCCCUGGGUGAGGAGGAAGAGGUUGCUAUGUACAUCCCCAAGGAUGAGCAAGAAGCCGCCGUGAAGAAAUGGGAAGCAGAAGAAGAUGUUCUGACGCGGCAGGCGAUGGAGGAUGAACAGAGGAUGGCGUGGAGUGAUGAGGGAGAAGAAGAGAAGAUGGAGAUCAUCGCCCAGAGCGUUGACCGGUUAGCUAAAGUGCAAGAAAAGCACUAUGAGUUUAGUCACAGUCAGGAGAUAUCCGUGCGUUCGAUGCGAACGGGAUUACGGGAUUUUGCUCGCAAACUAGUAGGCGCUGUGGGAUCCGAGGUGAGUCAUCGCCUCGAGAAGACUGAGCGUUUUUAUGUCGGCGCCAUUGAAGGCGUCAAGGUGGCCUCUCCCAAGGAGGAGGAGGCCCGUCCUCGCAGGGAGCCAGUCAAAGUCAAAUUCCCCGAUUCCUACAGUGGGAAAAGGGAAGAGAACUUUGACAAUUGGGAGGCCAAUGUUAAGACCUAUGUGCAUUUGCAACAGGUCUCCCCGGAUCAGCAGGUCUUAAUUGCGAUCCAUGCACUUAGAGACGAGGCCGCCAGUUUCGCGAGAUCCCUUAAUCGUGCUGCCAACUGUAGUGACGAUCCAGUUGCGUACUCCUCGUUUACGUCCCUCAUUGAAUUCUUGAAGCUGCUGCGCGAGCGAUUCGUUGAUGUUGCCCAUAGUGUCAAAGCCUCAGAUAGGCUUCAGACAAUACACUCGCGCCAAUGGAAGAGUGCAAGGGCACUCAAGGGCACAAUGGAUGAGUUGGUGGCUAUUCCUGACCACAAGGUCACGGAAACCCAGUUGGUCAACCUUUUCAACCGGGAUAUGGCCGAAACGCUGCGUGGUCACUUCUUUGACAAGAGUCCGGACCCUGCUAUGACUUAUGAUAUACUUAGCAGGGAAGUGGUCGCGUUCGAGGCGAAGUGUGCGUCGAUUUCCACCUUCAGGCACAAAGAUUUAGACAAGGGCAAAAAGUGGAAGGGCUGCACUAUCUCAAGGCAAGUCAAGACCAAGGAUAGCCUUGUGCUCACUUUAGAUGAGGGUAGUGUGGACGAGAUCCCCUACGACCAGAUCUAGUGGGGGUUCGAGGAGGAGGACAGUACUGUGGGCCAGGGGAGGACUUACGCUGCUGUCGCGGAUGGAAGGAGGCCGCAAGGAGGACGAGGCCAAGGCCAAGGGGGCCGGGCCUCAAAGAGCCGGUUCCAGGGCGAUCAGGGGUUUGGCGGCAGAGGAGGGAACUGCCAAGCGGGAGGCAGGGGUCAAGGUCCCCGCAAAACCGUCCUAGGAACAGGUCUCCCUACAGAGUAGGAGGAUGGCACCCAGGGCUACCUCAGGGUAGGCCGUGGGAAUCUUUGGGUCUGGACCAGGCUUUAUGGCAACAACGA